GAAAGACAUCUCUCAAUAGCGUCAUUCCUCUUUUACUGAAAGUUUAAAACGGGUCAGUUUGGCUCAAACCGAACAGGAGCGUAACGGCUGCCGAAAAAGGGAUCCAGUGGAAAGACCUGACAGAAAGGCACACAAUAAGCUGUUCAGUGUUAAUUAAACUCUAACAGAGUACAUCCGGGUCCGGCGGAGAACUUCCCUGCCAAUAGAGCGGUGUCCUAACAAAUCACACAGCUCACUGAGACAUAUGACCACCGUCGUGUUGCGUAUCGCAACAAUCAUUCCACAAUUUAAUCAUUUUACGUUUGCUGGAUUUUAUACUAAGUAGGCUAGGUGGCUUCUAUUCUGCCUACCUGAGGCAGGUGCCGUGACUAGAUUGUGUUAGCAAACAAUUCUUAUUGUUUUUUUUAAUGCAUGCGAUGUGAAUUUAUAAACUCUAUAUAACAAAAUAUCAUCAGAAUCUUGCCAAAUCACAGAGUACAGAUAUUUAAAUAUUUCUGUCUUGCGUGUAUAAUCAUCCAUUCUGCACUUUAGAGAACAUGGCGCGCUGUUCCUUAAGAUGUCUGUUAUUUUGGGUUUAAGAAGGUCUGCUGAGGUAACGAGGUUUUUGUCUUUUAGGGAGGCAGAGUUUAAGUGCAAACUUGUCUUGGUUAACAGCGUCCAUUAGAAAAUUAGACGGGUCUGACGGAAACCAGCCAUACGCUCGAGUUGUGAACCGGAGCGAAAUCGCACACUCUCUGAAUUUUUAAAAGGGACAUUUUCUAAUGGAAAUUGUGAUUAAUCUCCUGACCAUUUCUGUUAUCUAAAAAAACUAAAACCUAAAAGAGCAGUUGACUCUGCUUAUUCUACAGAGUGCUCCAAGACAGUAUGAAAUAAUUGAUGACGAACGGUGAGGCAUUGAGCAGCACGGUGCUUGGUGGAGAGCGGACCGUUUUUUAACGUCUUACAAGAGAGAAUGCAGGGUACGUUUCUGCUUUCUGCACGUGUACCUCAAUCUCAGCGGUGCUCAUUUAAGACUUGAUCCUGACAGGAAGCUGCUCCUGCCUUCUCUCUAAAGGACACUGGUCUGUCUUCCGUAGCCUGUGAUUUUUCUCCCUCCAUUCUCUUCAUUUAGCCGCCCCUGGAGACCCACAGGUGAAAAGUUCCGUGCGGAAUUUGCGUCUUCACUCCAUAUCUAGCACAAAGCCCUUCCUCUAACGAGGUGCAGUCGCGAGGGCUUGCAUGCAACCCUGCCUGAGCCGGACGUGGUGUGGAUAAAGUUCCAGGCAAGUCAACUGGACAGCUAUAUUUAAUCUGUGGGCUGGUUAUCCGCGAAGAGAAAUGGCGGGCUAACCGAAAACUCAGAAAGCUUUCCAAACAAUUGCACGUCAAGGGAGCUUGCCAUGUCGGAUUGCCAGGAUGACUCAAGAUUGGAAACGAACGCUUGGGGAGAGAUUUCUGGGAACUCGGAGGACAUCCCGCUGGUGCGCUGGAGGCAGCAGUGGCUGGAGAACGGGACCCUGCUCUUCCACAUCCACCACCAGGACGGCGGCCAGAACCUACCGGGCCUGGCCCCCACCGACUACCCCGCCAACGACUCCGCCGAGGAGGAGCUCCGCAUCCUGCACAUCUCCGUCAUGGGUGGGAUGAUCGCGCUGCUGCUCUCCAUCCUGUGCCUGGUGCUGAUCCUGUACACGCGGCGGCGCUGGUGCAAGCGCCGGCGCGUGCCGCAGCCGCAGAAGAGCGCCAGCGCCGAGGCGGCCAACGAGAUCCACUACAUCCCGUCGGUGCUGAUGGGCGGGCCGGCGCGCGAGAGCCUGCGCAACUCCCGCGGCGGCCCGGGCCACAGCGCCAGCGGCACGCUGAGCGUGCGCGAGACGCCCAUCCUGGACGGCUACGAGUACGACAUCGCCGACCUGCGGCAGCACCUGCAGCGCGAGUGCAUGAACGGCGGCGAGGACUUCGCCAGCCAGGUGACGCGCACGCUGGACUCGCUGCAGGGCUGCAACGACAAGGCCGCCAUGGACCUCACGCCUGGGAAUGACAGUACCAAGCUCUGCCUGAUGAGCAAGUACAAGGACAACAUCAUCGCCACCAGCCCCGUCGAUGCCAACCACCAGCAGAACACGCUCCUCCCGCACAACACCUCCACCAAUCAGCGCAAGCGCCUGUCCAGCAAGACCCGCGCGGGUUCCGCCUUCCUGAACCCGGACGGGGACUCUGGGACGGAGGCGGACAGCGAGCCCCAGCUGACCUUUUACACUGACCCCAACCGAAGCAGGCGCCGCAGCCGAGGCUCGCCGCGAAGCCCCAUCAACAAGACCACCCUGACUCUGAUCAGCGUGGCCAGCUGCGUGAUCGGCCUGGUGUACUCCUCCCACCUGUCCUGCGGCCUCAACGUGCGCGUCAUCCUGCACGUGCCCGAGCACCUCAUCGCCGACGGGUCCCGGUUCAUCCUGCUGCAGGGCAGCCAGCUGGACGCCAGCGACUGGCUGAACCCGGCCCAGGUGCUGCUGUUCUACCAGCAGAACGCCAGCGGGCCCUGGGUCAGCGAGCUGUGCGGGCGCCGCCUCCUGGACCCCUGCGAGCACCAGUGCGACCCCGACACAGGUGAAUGCCUUUGCUUCGAUGGCUACAUGAGGGAUCCUGUCCAUAAACACCUGUGCAUUCGCAACGAGUGGGGACCGAACCAAGGGCCCUGGCCCUACACCAUCUUCCAGCGCGGCUUCGAUUUGGUGAUGGGAGAGCAGCCGUCCGACCGGAUCUUCAGGUUCACGUACACGCUCGGGGAGGGCAUGUGGCUGCCCCUCAGCAAGAGCUUCGUCAUCCCGCCCGCGGAACUGGCCAUCAACCCCUCCGCCAAAUGCAAGACCGACAUGACCGUCAUGGAGGAUGCCGUGGACGUCAGGGAGGAGCUGAUGAUUUCCUCCUCGUUCGACAGCCUGGAGGUGCUCCUGGACUCCUUCGGGCCGGUGCGCGACUGUUCCAAAGACAACGGCGGGUGCAGCCGAAAUUUCCGCUGCAUCGCCGACCGCAAGCUGGACUCCAGCGGCUGCGUGUGCCCCCCUGGCCUGAGCCCCAUGAAAGACGGGACGGGGUGCUACGACCACCACAUCGGCAUCGACUGCUCGGACGGCUUCAACGGCGGCUGCGAGCAGCUGUGUCUCCAGCAGCUGGUCCCCUUACAGGAGGAUCCCACCCUGUACAACAUUCAGAUGUUCUGCGGCUGCAUCGAGGACUACAAGCGGGGCCCGGACGGGCGGUCCUGCCAGCCCCUCUCCGAGGCCUGCACCGAGGGCCUGGACUGCGGGGACACCGCCGACAUCCCCGCCAACCAGACCGUGUUCGGCGACCUCUUCUACGGCUACAACAACCACACCAAGGAGGUCACCUCCGGGCAGAUCCUCAAGGCCACCUUCAGGCAGAAGAACUUCGCCAGAGGAAUCGAGCAGCAGCUCCCGGACGGCAUGGUGGUGGCGUCGGUGCCGGCCGAGGUGCAGUGCCAGGAGGAGCUGUCCGACCCUGUGCCCGACCCCGAGUAUCUCACAGGGCUGGUGAACUACAGCGAGGUUUCCGGAUACCCCCUGGUCCAGCAGUGGAGGCUGAGGUCCAUUUUGUACCACGUCAAGCUCAAUCAGUGGACCCUCUCACAAGCCUUCAGCUCCGCCAUCCACUCGCUGGACGGCGCCACGCUGCGGAACGACUUCGUCUCCAUCCUGAAGGAGUUCGGCAACCACUUCAUCCAGGAAGCGGUGUACGGGUUUGAGGAGUCCUGCAACAUCUGGUACCCCAACAAGCAGGUCCAGAGGCAGCUGUGGCUGGAGUACCAGGACAUCAGCAAAGGAAACUCGCCGUCGGACGAGUCCGAGGAGCGGGACAAGGAGCCGCGGACGCUGACGUACCCCGCCUACGUGGCCAGCCUGCUGGACUCGGGCGCCAAGCGCAUGGCGGCGGGCGUGCGGAUGGAGUGCGGCAGCCAGGGCCGGUGCCCCUCCGCCUGCCACCUGUGCCACAUGAGCCCCGGGCCCGCGCGCCCGGCCGAGCCCGUCCUGCUGCAGAUCACCAAGGCCGCGCCGCUCUACGAGCUGGUGUCCAACAACGAGACGUACCAGGCGCUGCAGGAAGCCCUGAAGAGCAUGCUGUGGUGCUCGGGGAAGGGCGACGUCAUCGACGACUGGUGCCGCUGCGACUCCAGCGCCUUCGGCUCCGACGGGCUGCCCACGUGCGCCCCCCUCCCCCAGCCCGUCCUGAAGCUCUCGCACACCUACGAGCCCAGCAGCUCAUUGGUCAUCAUGGAAUGGAACCACACGGAGCCACCAAUAGGGGUGCGGAUCGUCGAUUACCUCAUCAGUCAGGAGAAGGUCACGGAGAGGACGGACCACUCCAAGGUGGAGACAGAGUCCUUGCUGAGCUUCGUGGAUGACAUCCUGUCUGGGGCCAAGUCUCCGUGUGUGAUGCUGGGGGACAUCCCCGGCCUCCUCACCUCCUCCAUCAGCAUGAUAAUCCGCUGCCUGGAGCCUGACACCACCUACAUGUUCAGACUGUGGGCGGUGGACAACACAGGAAGGCGCUCCGGCUCCAGUGAGAUCACCAUUAAGACGCCCUGCCCAGCGGUGGACGAUGUCAAAGCACAAGAGAUCGCCGACAAGAUCUACAACCUGUUCAACGGCUACACCAGCGGGAAGGAGCAGCAGACGGCCUACAACACGCUGAUGGACCUGGGCUCCCCCACCCUGCACCGCGUGCUCUACCACUACAACCAGCGCUACGAGAGCUUCGGGGAGUUCACCUGGCGCUGCGAGGACGAGCUGGGCCCCAGGAAGGCCGGCCUGAUCCUCUCGCAGCUGGACGACCUGAGCGGCUGGUGCAGGGGCCUCCUCCAGGAGCCCAAGAUCGGCCUGCGCCGCGCCUCCCUCAAGUACCUGGCCUGCCGCUACACCGACACCAAGGCCUUCGGCCUCAACUGGGUGGACCUGGGCCAGGACGUGCGCAAGGCCUGCGACGAGCAGCUCCUCCCCGUUCUCUACAACGACUACGGCGAGCCCAAGGACCUGUGAGGGGCACGCCGCCGUCCGGCUCCACCGGCGGUUAGAACAAACAGGGCCGCUCCACCGUCCCCCCCCCACGGGGUCACCUUCAAAACAUACAAAAUGGCUGCCAGGAAAAUAAAUGUUCCCUCAACUAAUGUGUGGUAAAAAGCUAUCCCCAAAAACACUCCAAACAAAACAAAAAAAAAAAUGAUCUCAAGCUUAAAUGCUUGUAUUACUUAAUUUAGUGUAUAUUUUCCCAGAUAGCUUGCACAACAGAUACCAGUUAAUUUUUGGGUACUUUUCUAGGAAGUGCUUACAGUGUGUAAAUAAGAAACGUCUAACUGAACAACUUCUUUAUGUGUUCUUAAUGCUUGUCUUUAGCGUAUACUAACGUGGGGACUUGGUGACUGAACGGUUAAACUGAAAGUCUCCCAAAGAUGUAUUAUACAAAACAGAAAGUUUACUAAAAUGUGGAAUGUAGUACUUAAAACCUUAGAGCUAACUGUUGUUCGGGUCUCACUAAUUUCUCUUUUUUUCCCCUAUGUAAACAGUAUUAAGUAGUUUGGGAAGAUGGAACCAUUGCGUGAUGUCUUGAUCUGUGUUUUUAGUCUGAAUAUAUUUUACGCUAUUAUAAUAUGCCAAAACCAUCUAAAACUCUCACUCUCGUGCAGCUUCGACAUACAGAGUUCACACGGAUGUGACCUAGGGAAAUGAUGUUUAUUCAGAGAGCUCGGACGAGGGAAGAGACAUAUUAUUGUAAUUGGAGAAACCGAGCUCUUUACUCUGAAAAACAGUUUUCACACGUUUACCCUGGCAGAACGUGAUAUAGGUAUACCUUUGGCAUCUUUAUUGUGCUAAAUAUGUAGGUGCUAUGAAUGUUAUAGCUGCAGGAAUACUCUGAGGCUUAUCCUGGGUGCAUUAAGGGUGAAAACCCAUGGAAAUCUGUGAAUUUAACUCGCAUGUUUAUAAACACAGUUUUAUGUUGGGAUAAUGAGAACAAAUUAUCAAUUAAAUUUCAAAUAAAAUUUUUGCCACCUCAUUUCACAUAGUUCUUAAAAAAAAAUGUAAAACAUGAAGUGAGGUCAACUUAAUCUUAACCGCUCAUCUUAAUUUCGGUGUGUAGGCCUUCAAUAAAUGACAGUCUCUGUGUGCCUAUAAAUCUUUAAGAUCAGAGGUGUGUAUACAUGAGAAAAAAAAAACAUUUUUUUAAGGAUAAAGCGAACCACUCCUGUCCUCUACCUCCGUGCAGUAGUGUGAGUUUAUUCACAAUAGCAUUGUGCUCAUUUAGUCUAUUAUCUCAAACAGUGCACAGCCUGAAAAUAUGACUGAAGAUCUUAUAUGAAUCAACAAGCCCAGCCAGAAGAGGUGUGGCAUGCUUCACCUUUAGUGAAGUAUACUAUCGAGCCUGCAGGUAAUCAGAGCAGUAGGUACAAUUUAGUUGGGAAACUGGCGGGCAUUGUUGGGCUGAAUGGCCUGUUCUCCUCGUUAUGAUAUGUUAAAGAACUCUUCUGCAGUUUUCUAUUACAGCGUACACCUUCUUCUCUUCUUCUAGUGGUCAGUGAGCCCGGUGAGCAGAGGACUUAUAGGCAAGCUAACUGCGUGCAGAAACUUGCAGUUUUAAACUGUAUUUAUGUGUACAAAAUGAUUUAUGUUAUCAAAUAUCAGUGAAUUUUUUUUUUGACGUUUUGAUGCUGAAAUCAUCGAUCCCUUGAAGUCAUCUCAUCAGUCCGCGCUGAUUUAUGACACAUUCUCUUUAUUUUUUUGCAGGCUUGAGAGCCGCUAGUUACGCUUCAGCAGUAGGUUUUGGCAGCCCCGAGGUCCUGCAGGCCGACCCAGGCUCGGAUGACAUAACCGUAAUCGUUUCCGCAAAAAAAACCAGAGAAAAAAAAAAACAAAAACAAACCUGAAGGUUUGCGGGGUCAGCGCGAGCCAGGCCGCUCCUCGUAAUCUGCGCCGCGAAAAAGAACGCGCCGUGAAGUCCGAUAUGUUUUCAGCCCAACGGCGUACCUGAGGAGGAGGGCGUCAGUGGAAAUGGAGAGAGUGUCAGGGAGGAAGUCGGCUGUGCUUUUUCGGGGGAAACGACAGCCGUCUGGCUCUUGCUCGAGUUCACCUUGGAUACUUCACGGUCAGAUUGAGUUUCUUUUUAUUAGGAUACAAAUUCUGACACUUGUUAGAAAAAAUCGCUGCUGCUGCAUACGAACCUCGUGAUUAAUUGUUUCCCAAUGCGAUUUGAAUGGUCUUAUAUCCAUUAUGGCCCAUAAUAAACCAUUGGAUUUUAUCCAGAGCCAGUGCGAGACAGUUUAGCAGGUAACCUGGAACAUCGACCCCUUGUUUUUUUCACAGAAUAAGGACAGUAAAAUGAUCACCUUGUUGUCUAGCAACGCCAGUACGUUUCCCUGAAAUCAGUGCUCUCUCAUUCAGAUAUAAAGAUUCAUUCCUUACCCUAACAUUCAUCACUAACUAUGCUUUAUCUAUCUAAUGGCUUCAUUUACUGUUUGAAAUGGGCUUUUGUGCAAGGCUGCCUAACCCUUUUUUUUUUGGAGCUGGUAUUCAUUCCAGAUAAAUUUCAAUCAAUCAAGCCACAUGCAUGUGCACACACACAUACAGGUCUUCCCAGGACCAAAUUUUAGGUUUUGUGGUUAUGGUACUUCAGUAUUGCUUUUUAACUGUUAUGGGAUCAUGAUGGUGAAUUAUUUUAUUUUACGAGAUAUCUUAGCACCACAAAUCUUUGGUAGGAACUGAACCUAACUGGCAACUUGGAUUUCAAAUCUAGGUGCAAUAUAUUUAAGUCCAUAUUUCCCUGAAACUGAUUGUGGACGUUUGAUUUCUGUCUUCUAACAAUGACGAAUGUAAUCUGAAAUUCAAUUGAAUUAGAAAUUUCAUACAUACAAUGUCAUAAAUACAGUAAAAUGUCAAAUCAGAGUUGAUUUGACACAGUGUAUAGUUAAAAUCACUCGCGUGAACUGAGAACAAUCUAGUCCCACAAGGAAUUCCGUUUAUUUCUCAUUUAAACACAGUAGUGUGUAUUUGUGGUUUGUAUACAAUAGAUCUAAUUAGUAUUCAGUAAAUAGUAUGAUUUAGAGACAUAGAGUAUGACACCAUAUCACAACAGCAAAAAUACAUUGCGAAGCUGAUCACUGUGAGAAAGGAACCUUUUUCUUUUUUUUUUUAAGCGAGAGCAAAAAGUCACGGGUUCCUUAUCCCAGUCGUCAUGAGCCCUUCACUCCCAUAGGCCUCUGCCGGGGGGGGGGCGUUCAGCCUGAGUAGGAAGCUCCCAGCGCUGGAUGUGUGUCUGAGUCACCAUGGGCCCUGGGUGAUGGGACGGGGACGGGGACGGGGGGGGGGGGGGUGAGGUGAAUAAUUAGCCUGCAGCUAAAAGCGGUACCUCGCUGAUGGAGAGGCGUUCCCCCAGAGGACCCGUGAGAGGGUACGGCCCAGAAAAGCCAGGCAGCCAGGGGGGGAGGCUUUUGCAGGCAUUACACCCCAGAUCAGGAAUGUGACUAAUUCCAAAAGCAGGGGUGUCCAAUCUUAUCCGAAAAAGGGGCCGGUGUGGGUGCAGGUGUUUUUUUUCAGCACAGCAACACGACACCUGACUUAACUAAUUAACUAAUCUAAUAAUGAACCAAUCAUGGUCUUCAAUCAAGACCUAAGAUAAGUACAAUCAGGGGUCAUAGUGCUCAGCAUGAACAAAAGCCUGCACCCACACCGGCCCUUUUCGGAUAAGAUCGGACACCCCUGUCCUGAAGGGCCUGGGGAGCUUGGUGGGGCCCGCGCCCUGUACUUGGUCCAUGUCGGAUUUUUUCCUGCAUUCCAUUUUUAUGUCACGAAACUCGGCACGUUUCGGUCGACCCCUCGGUUCUGGUUUUGGGUUUCGGUCUUCAAAUCCUGUCCGUUACCCAUUUCAAUUUUUGCGUGGGAUCACAUGCGCGACACGAUUGGUUGUGUGCUUUUUUGCGCUUUAGGAAACUAAAAUUUAUUUACAUGUAGAUAGCAGCUAGUCAUGGUUGAUCGCAAUUCAAGUUCCAUUCACAGUUUAUUAUUGUAUACACAUACACCCGCCAUUUUUUUCUAAAUCAAUGUUUAAAUGCUUUUCUUAACGUGUUCCCCUGUGUUAAUUUGAUUCUAAUAAAUAAAAGUCUUCACAAA